GUAAUUUCCGCCAACGCCCUUCGAACGUACCGAGCUGACCCCGCCCACUGCCAUAGUCUACCCCUCGAUUACCACUCAAAGCUCCCCGGAUUUUUCCGGAACUGCUCGGGUAUUUCCGUCUUCACAUCGGCACCAAUCGGUUCUUUGCCUCCGCCCUGCAGCUUCUCCUCCCUCACCCUGCUUUGAGGCUCGGUUAUAUUCGCCUUGCCGAGGCUUUAAAUCGAAUCUAUUCGGAAGCCCUCGACUUUGGCAUGCCCGUAAUCGGAGAUAUUCGGCCAUCUCCGGUCUUGGAGCUGAAGCGCUGGGGCUCUUGGGUGUUUAGGGCUGGUUCGAGACCGGAAGUGCGUGGGCUGCCGGGCUGGCCCUGUUUAGGGAUUUCAGGAAAUAUGGAAGCAGCGGCGGUAGUUGGAGUCAAAGAACUCUUGUGACAGUCUCCAUGUUCUCUGAGACUCCAGGAGGAUGCCACUGGAAUCAUCUUCCUCUUCAAUGCCAGUAUCCUUCCCUUCUCCAUUACCCUCAGUACCAGACAAUAUUACCAACUCUUCCCCUCCCCCCAUGUCUUACAUCACUUCCCAGGAGAUGAAGUGUAUUCUUCACUGGUUUGCCAGUUGGUCAGGUCACCAGCGUGAACGCUUUCUACAGGACCUGGUAGCAAAGGCAGUGCCAGGAAAAUUACAGCCACUGCUGGAUGGUCUGGAGCAACUUAGUGUAUCUGGUGCAAACCGACCACCUUGUAUCUUUGAAUGUCAGCUACGUCUUUGGGAUCAGUGGUUUCAAGGUUGGGCUGAGCAGGAACGCAAUGAAUUUGUCAGACAACUGGAGGUCAGUGACCCAGACUUCGUGGCAAAGUUUUACCAAGCAGUUGCUGAUACAGCUGGUAAGGAUUGAUAGACAUUCAGAUCAAAGAAAAUAACCACAGCUGGUGGAGUCAAGACCAUCUCUCCACAGUGACUCAAUUCAAAUGUGUCACUUAAAGAUUUGGGGAUAGUAUCCCAAUGAGCUGACUGAACUUACAUAUGAGUAUAGGCAUGGUUACUUCAACGUUACCAGCAUUUCCUCUGGAUUCCUAGUGAAAUUGUUAUCCAUUUAAGCAGAUCCAAAUCAGUCUCCUAGUUUGCUUCCUUCCAAGAGAUGUCAAAACCUCAUAAAUGUAAAUGACUUUUGCAACUGUAACCGAAAGGAACCUUCAUGUUACAACUGAAGUCUAUUGCUGGCUCAUGAAGGAUAUAAAGUAGAAUCCUUCCAUAGAAACAGGAGAGAAGAACAAGAAAAAGUGUUAUUUGGGGGAAGGGUACUGGGGAUUGAACCCAGUGUUGCUCUACCACUGAGC